AUGAACCCUCACUUGUAUCAGCUCCUGGUGGGCCUGUUUGCCUCUCUUGGGUCGUUCCUGUUUGGCUAUGACCUUGGCGUCAUUGGCGGAGCUGUCGCCUCGUCUUCCUUCAUAGCAACCUUUCACAACCCCUCGGCAAACGAAGUCGGUGCCGUUGUGUCCGUCUUCACCGGAGGGGCCUUCUUCGGUGCGGCUGUCGCAGGCAUCGCUGCAGACCGUCUUGGUCGUCGCUGGACGAUCAUUCUGGGCUCGGUGAUAUUCAGUCUUGGAGGGGCGCUGCAGACGUCUGCCCAGAACCUUGGAUACCUCUACGGUGGCCGGUCCGUCGCGGGUCUCGGGGUCGGGGUUCUCGUCAUGAUCAUUCCUCUUUAUCAGGCUGAGAUUGCCCAUCCAGCUAUUCGCGGGCGUCUGACCGGCCUACAACAACUUUUCAUUGGAUUGGGAUCCACGACCGCAGUGUUCACCGCACAUGGGACGGUCAGCCAUCUUGCCGGUAACAACCAGUGGCGUGUGCCUCUCGGCAUUCAGAUAGUCCCAGCCGGUGUUUUAGGAGCCCUGAUACUCUUGUUCCCAGAGUCUCCCCGCUGGCUCAUGGAUCACGACCGACACCAGGAGGCGCUCCAAACGCUGGCAAAACUUCACGCCGACAAUGACAUGAACAACACCUGGGUUGUGGCAGAAUUUGAGCAGAUCAAGAGGACGAUCCAAGAUCAAAAGGAAAACGGGGCCUCGAGUUUAUAUGAGCUUUUCAAGGACCCAGCAUCUUUUCGACGACUAUUCCUUGUGACGGCCCUACAAGCGUCCGUACAGAUGACGGGAGUUUCUGCCAUCCAAUACUUUGCCCCGAGUAUCUACAAGCAGGUCGGUGUUGGGACGGCGCAGUCUCUGUUGUACCAAGGCAUUUCGUACGGCUGGGGCAUUGCUGGUCAACUGUGCACCGUCCUCUUCAUCGACCGCGUCGGACGACGUUGGCCCCUGAUCAUUGGGAAUCUUACUUGCUCCGUCAGUUUCAUUGUCACGGCCGCCCUCGCCCUCCUGUGGACGUUUCUCGUGUUUAGUUGGAUCUUUCAAUUCGCCUUCUCCAUGUGCUGUGGCUCCCUCUCCUGGGUCAUUCCCGCGGAGAUAUUCGACACCAAAACACGAAGCCACGGAGUCGCCAUCGGCUGUCUUGUGAGUUUUGCAUUUAACACCAUGAUCGGGCAAAUCACAGACCUUGCCAUUUCAUCGCAGGGCUGGCGGUAUUUCCUCCUCUUUGUCAUCUGCAACGUCACCAAUGCUAUUUUCUUCUGGGCUUUUCUGCCGGAGACCAAGGGCGUCCCUCUCGAAGAGAUGAAUCGCCUGUUCAAAGAGACUGGUUGGUUCAUUCCUGGCCAAAGAUCCCGACAUACCACCGAGCUCGCGGCCACGCAAGUCGAGGAGAAAUCUGGCACUGCUCAUAUCGAGACCUCAGCCUAG